AGACGGACAAACCUUCCUUCCCGGGGGUGGACUCGGGACUGAGGAACAGGUUCCGAAUAUGCCGGAACCCGGCGCCGGGCGACGCCGGGUCACGUGACCAACGGCCCCGUCGCGUGCGUCAACGUGAUGUUCUGGCGACUGGCCGAGCGGCCCCGCCACCUUCGUCACCUGUGCAGCCACCUGUGCAGCCGUGGAGCCGACAUGGAUCUGGGGCCGAUGCGCAAGAGUUACCGCGGGGACCGAGAGGCAUUUGAGGAGGCUCAGCUGACCUCUCUGGACCCCCUGAAGCAGUUUGCUGCCUGGUUCGAAGAGGCUAUUGCGUGUCCUGACAUCGGGGAAGCCAACGCCAUGUGUCUGGCCACCUGUACCAGAGAUGGGAAGCCCUCUGCCCGCAUGGUGCUGCUGAAGGGCUUUGACAAGGAUGGCUUCCGCUUCUUCACUAACUUCGAGAGCCGAAAGGGGAAAGAGCUGGACUCUAAUCCCUUUGCUUCCCUUGUCUUCUACUGGGAGCCCCUGAACCGUCAGGUGCGUGUGGAGGGCCCUGUGAAGAAGCUGCCAGAGGAGGAGGCCGCGUGCUACUUCCACUCCCGCCCCAAGAGCAGCCAGAUUGGGGCUGUGGUCAGUCACCAGAGUUCCGUCAUCCCUGAUCGGGAGUAUCUGAGAAAGAAAAACGAGGAAUUGGAGAAGCUGUACCAGGAACAAGAGGUGCCGAAGCCAAAAUACUGGGGUGGCUACAUCCUGUGCCCACAGGUGGUGGAAUUCUGGCAAGGCCAAACCAACCGCCUGCACGACCGGAUCGUCUUUCGGCGGAGCCUCCCGACAGGAGACUCCCCUUUGGGACCCAUGACCCACCGCGGGGAGGAAGACUGGCUCUACGAGAGGCUUGCUCCCUGACUCCCGGGCUGCGGUGCCCACGGGAGCGAGGACCAGAUACUCUUACAGCAUUUACCCCGCUGAUAGCUGCCUUCCAUUCUCUGAAGCACAGCAGUGUGGGGAAAGAUGGAAUUUAUUCUCUGUAGCUCCAAAGGACCCAUCGGUGGAUAUUACACAGAAAUAGAUUUCACUUCAAUAUGGGGAGAGAUUGCCAGGGGGAGGGGGUAGUGAGCAUUAGGUAGUGAGUAUUCUCUUACUGGAAGCAUUCAAUCCCAGUCAGGAGUUUUGUAGAAAGGAUUCAUGUGCUGGUACCUAUAGGCCAGGAAGAUUUUAAUCAAGCUUUAUUUUCCAGGUUGGUUUAUAAACAGUAUUUAUUUAUUUUACUUUCCAGGCAUGAAAUUAAAUUAUUAUAGAGAUUCUGCCUUUCUGACUACUCACACAUCCCCUUCCCUACUCCUCACCUCUCCACGUCACUGGCUUUCACCCACAUUGGAAUUAUCGGGGGGGGGGGGGGGGAGCUUUAAAAAUCCUGAUGAUGCCUAGAUCCUCCCCUUAGAGAUGACUUCACGGGUCUGAGGCAUUGGGAAAUUUAAAGGCUCCCCAGGGAACUUUGUGAAGCCGAGAUUUCGAGCCCCUGGGCUACCAGCCGUGGGCAAACUACGGCCCGAGGGCUGGAUCCGGCCCGUUUGAAAUGAAUAAAACUAUUGAAAAAAAAGACCGUACCCUUUU